CUGGAAGGAUACAAAAAUCAAUUCGACCGCACCGUGUUUAGCGAUUAGUUCUGUAACAGUAAUGUCUGCAAGUAAAGUAAAUGACAACGUUGAGGUUGUUCAGUUUUGGAAAUUAGAAUUGCUGGGAGCUCAACGAUCUCUUAUAUUACAGGCCAGUAAUGCUAAAUGA